CGGCUGGCGUGUGCCACAGCCCGGCGUGCCCGUGUGGAGGGAGAGCGCAGCGCCCGGCUCCUGGGUGGCUUCUCCGGGCGCGCAGCGGUCUCCAAGCGGCCUCUGGGCGCCUUGACGCGCUAGCCGGGGAGGGCAGUGAACUUUUGGGCGUCGGGGGCAGAGGCUUCGGAGCAGCGAUGGAGGCGGUGAACCAGCUCGCCUCCACGGGCACCUUCCGGGCGGUGAAGGAGCCGCUGGCUUUCCUGCGGGCGCUGGAAUGGGCUCCUCUUUAAGGAUCUGCUGCUGAAUGCCAGGGAGUUCCUGAAACACAUGAUGCCACAACAGGAAGAGCACCAAGGGAAUAGUGGUGGUUUCAGUGGGCCGAAGCCAGGUGGUACGGCUGGGCCUGCCCCGGGCAGCUCAAUGGCCGAGUUGUUUGGAAAGAAAACCCAUACAGGCAGAGAAGCAUGCGGUGCUCUUCCUGCAGACUUGCUGCAUGUUUCGGCUCCGUCCUGACGCUCAGCAGCCGGUCCUUCCCGAGGAACCUCUUUUUGCAAUCUUUGCAUUUGCAACAUGCGGUGGUUAUUCUGGAGGCCUGCGGCUCAGCGUGGACUGUGCAAACAAGUCAGAGAGCGACCUCAGCAUUGACAUAGCCUUUGCCUAUCCUUUCAGGUUGCAUCAGGUGAAUUUUGAUGCUCCCACCUGCGAAGGCAAACGACGAGAAACGCUCUCGCUAAUAGGGGACUUCUCUUCUUCUGCAGAAUUCUUCGUCACUAUCGCGGUCUUUGCUUUCCUCUAUUCCUUGGCAGCCACUGUUGUUUACAUUUUCUUCCAGAACAAAUAUCGUGAAAACAACAGGGGGCCUCUAAUUGACUUCAUCGUGACAGUGGUCUUCUCCUUCUUGUGGCUGGUGGGUUCGUCUGCUUGGGCCAAGGGACUGUCUGAUGUAAAGGUUGCUACUGAUCCAGACGAAGUGCUAUUACUGAUGUCGGCUUGCAAACAGCAGUCUAACAAAUGCAUGCCUGUGCGCAGCCCUGUUAUGUCAAGCUUAAAUACUUCGGUUGUCUUUGGAUUCUUGAACUUUAUUCUCUGGGCAGGAAAUAUUUGGUUUGUUUUUAAGGAGACUGGGUGGCAUUCCUCGGGCCAGAGGCACCCUCCAGACACCAUGGAGAAACAAUCAAGCAGCUAUAAUCAAGGUGGUUAUAAUCAAGACAACUAUGGUCCAACUGGAGGAUAUAACCAACCUGCAGGCUUUGGCCAACAAGCCAACUAUGGCCAGGUGGGUGAAUAUGGCCAGCAACAGAGCUAUAAUCAGAGUGGGCCCACCUCAUUUGCCAAUCAAAUUUAGCAUUCACAGAAUUUGCAUUCCUACACCCCUUAUAUGUAGACAGUGUAACAACACUAGGUUUCAGUGGCACCAGAUUUGUAAAGAAAGUUUAAAUAAAUUAAUACUCCAAGAGAGUAUGUAAUGUAAAUCAAAGAUCUAAUGGUACCUAUUGAAGCAGACGGUGGUGGCUAGUUUGUUAUUUUUGUCACUCGACAACUGAUGAUGAUGUAUUCAUCACAGGUGGUGAACUGAAGUAUUGUUGUAUGUAUUGUAUAGAUAACUUUAUGGUAGUUUGUAUGUGUACUAAAAUGGUAAAAGCAUUUUGUAGCCUCAAGUCUGUAUUGUGUAAUAUGCAUAACAUAAUGAAGUAGAAUAGAAUUUUUCUUCUGCAUUUUGGUGAGAAACAGAAGUGUUUUAUUCUGAUUUCUAAAGAUUAUUCAGUAUAUCAUGAUGCAUGUAACAUUACUCCUAAAUUUUCAAGACUGCCUGUUUGUAAUGCUUUAGAGCGUUUGUUUUUAGUAUAUUUUUUCCAGAGGAAUUUUUUUAAUUAUUAUUUUGAUUAACCAGUUCCUGUGUGACUUAGUGCAUGGAUAAGCAGUUUCACACCAACAGAAUGUUUUGGACCCUGUAUAUGGAACUUUUCAAUUUCUGCCACUCCUUUUUUUGUUAAAUGUAUGUUUAAGAAAAUGUAUGUAUAUUUUAUAUAUUUUGCAGAAUUGGGUAUAUGGCUUACCCAAGUUCUGAAUGCUUUGUAACUAAAAUGUUUUUCCUUGAGAGAGCAUUCAGUAGCAUAAAUGGUACCUGACCAACGUUUAUUCCGGUUAACUAAGCUCAGUAUUCAUUCUAUAAAUCACUAUUUCUAUUGAUGUUUUGUGAAAAUUUUAACGUGAGCUGUGAAAACUAAGGACCAAGUAACUGUGUUAUAUGUUUACAAAGAUAUUUAUUUAAUUAGGAUAACAGAGGUGCAGAUGUCAGUAACCAAAACCAUGUGAAAAAUAUGCCAUGUGUCAUGUACUUAAUUUAACAAAACAUGGCAAGGACAUAGAUCAUUGUUAGUCAGCAUUACAAAGCGUAAUUAUUCCUUUAUUCCGGAUGGAAAUAAUUCUAUCUAUGCCAUUUGAAAAUCAUUAAAUGACACUUCUGUUCCAUCAUUAUGGUGAAUGCUGGUUUUGAAUAAUGGUUUUGGUGCUAUCAGUAAAUGUUAGGAAACUGGCAAAAUCUAAAAAACCUCAUCUUAAAAUAUAUAGAGGUCAGAUUCCUAGCAGGUGUAAAUUGGCAUCGCUUCACUGAAGAUUUGGACUUUGCUUCUUACAGUACAUGGGAUUCUGUGUAGCCAAAAGGGUCACCCUAAACUCUCUUUUCUUACUCAGUUUGAAGCCUGAAACACAGCAUCAUAAUCGAAACUGAUCAUCUGCAUUUCUAAAUAAAAGUGUAUCCGUCUAUAAUAUUGUAUGAGCUGUAAUGUUAAAAGCAUAAAACAGCAUAGUCUUAUAUGAUUGUUGUAACCAAUUUAUGGCUACUCAGUGGAUGGAUCUAUAUUGUGAUAUCUAUUUGACCCUAAUAAAGUUAAUGCAUACAAUGUA